GCAAAUCAAGAGCCUCCCGUUUUCAAGCCAUAGGAUUGGAAAUACAGAAAUCAAGCCAUUAUAUAACAGGCUCAAGCUGAAGCUUUUCCAUCUCUCACUCUGUGUAAUAGAGUACUAAUAUAGUAACUAGUAGCAAGGAAAAAGGAGAAGGAAAUGGCUUCCUCUGUGCUCUCUUCCGCCGCCGUCACCACCAUCACUCCCGCCCAGACCAACAAGGUCGGCGCCUUCACCGGCCUCAAGGCAGGCUCCGGCUUACCCGUGAGCAAGAAGACCAACACCGACAUCACCUCCAUUGCUAGCAAUGGUGGAAGAGUAAGCUGCAUGCUGGUGUGGCCCCCACUUGGCAAGAAGAAGUUUGAGACUCUCUCCUACCUCCCACCUCUCUCCGCUGAAUCUUUGUUGAAGGAAGUCGACUACCUUCUGAGGAACGGAUGGGUUCCUUGCUUGGAGUUCCAAGUUGACUACCCAUUUGUGUACCGUGACAACCACAAGUCACCAGGAUACUAUGAUGGAAGAUACUGGACAAUGUGGAAGCUGCCCAUGUUUGGAUGCACAGACCCAACUCAGGUGUUGAAGGAGCUUGAGGAGGCCAAGAAGGAGUACCCCCGGGCUCACGUCAGAAUCAUUGGAUUUGACAGCUUUCGCCAAGUGCAGUGCAUCAGCUUCAUCGCCUACAGGCCACCACCACAAUAAAUUCCCUGACUUGGUCUCUGAAACCAAUUAUAUCAUCCUUCUACUUUUGUUGGAUUCUGUCUAUUUGAAUUGUACUUAAUCAUUGUAACAACGUUUUCCCCUUCCUGUUCUUGUUUUCUUUUUCGUGGUGUUAUCAUGUCAUCCUAUGUCUUUGUAUCAUGUAUUUCGGAUUUCCUGUUGAAAUGAAAGUACGAGACCUAAUGAAUAAGUAUUUUCUCU